AUGAGUGAACCUUCUAAGAAUUAUUAGAUAGAUGAUACUAAUUUUUUUGAUUACAUGUAAGAAGUUGAUAUUAAAAUUUAGUAGAACUCUUAUUUAAAGAGUAAUGAGUUUACUAUAUAAGAGAUAAUAAAUUUAGAAUGUUUGAGAAAUUUGAAUUAUUUACAUUGAUAAGCUUGGGUUAUUUGGAAAAUGAAAAGGAAACAAUAAAUACGUAUUGAAAUUCAUUUACUCAGAUUCCAAGUAAGGAAGUACAGUAAUUAAAGAAUUCUUAAACUUGUAUAAUUAUAAUAUCUAAGUAACUAAUAUCUAAAGCAAUUAUUUAUGAUUACAUUUGAUACAAAAUCAAAAAUAAUGUUAUGGUUAUAUAAAUGGCAAAGCUUUCAAUUUAAAAAUGCCUUAACCUUAUAGCUUAGGUAUGGAAAUGGCAAAGGAAAUUUUAGAAUUUUGAUUGAAGAGAGUCUUAAAAGAAAAUGCAACGAAUUGAAGAAUAAAUCAUGUGAUGAAACUUAUGAAAUGGGUUUUUUCUAUAGGAAUCUGAGUUUUUAAAUGUAAUUAUUAUGACAGUAUUUCUAAAUUAAUUAACAUCAAUUGAGAUUUGGG